ACCCUUUUCCACCCAACUCAAUUGUGAAAAUUAAGCAAUAACGUCUUCCAAGUUCUAACCAAUAAUAUUACUUCGAUGGCUAUUCGUUUGCCAAGUGUUCUUCGCCGAUCUAAUCUGUUUGCAAAUCAUGCACUAGAUGUGCCUAAAGGGUACUUUGCUGUGUAUGUAGGAGAGGGUGAAAAGAAGAGAUUUGUGAUACCAGUGUCAUUGUUGAAUCAGCCUUCAUUUCAAGAACUGCUAAGUAUAGCCGAGGAAGAAUUUGGCUUCACUCAUCCAAUGGGAGGCCUUACUAUUCCAUGCACAGAAGACGUUUUUAUUAACAUCACCUCUGGCUUACAUAGGCUAUGACAUGCAUGAUGCAACCAAAGUAAUUCUAAUAACAGUUUUUGUUUCAUGGUUUUUGCCUUUCAACAUAGGGUUGAGAAAAGUUGACCCAUGCAGAAAGGUUUACUAUGUAAUUGGCUUUUCAUAUUAUGUCGCAACUUGCAAGUGUAUCAUAGGCAAAUAACAUAAAUGGAUAAAAAUAUGACUAUUUUCCACGUUGUUA